CUUUUUUAAUCUCUCAACAUGCAAACUUCUUUGGCAAUAAGUAGAAACUUAUUCAACCAUCAUAGAAAAGCAACUCAAAUUAUGGCAACAAGAUUAAUGGAACCAAGUGAUGUUUUUCUUAACCAUAGAAGCACCGAUACGAAGAGAACGGUCGCAACUCGUCUUUAUGACAACCUUAAAAGACAUGGUAUAAACUCUUUCUUGGAUGAAAAGAGCAUGAAACCGGGUGAUAAAUUAUUUGAGAAAAUAAACAAUGGAAUCAUGGAGUGUAAGAUUGGUGUAGCGGUUUUCUCUCCACGUUAUUGUGAGUCUUAUUUUUGUCUCCAUGAACUUGCACUUUUAACGGCGCUUAAUAAGAAGGUUAUUCCUAUAUUUUGUGAUGUUAAGCCUUCUCAAUUGAGGGUUGUUAAUAAUACAAAAUGGUCGAAGGAGGAACAUAGGAGAUUUAGAUGGGCUCUUGAUGAAGCUAAGUACACUGUUGGACUCACCUACAAUUCUUCAAAAGGGAACUUGUCCGAAUUUGUGACUAAUGCUUCAGAAAUAAUCAUUGGAAGCAUGAUAGAACUUGAGAAUGAAGAGGCUGAAAAACAUCAAUAUACCUAUAUGGCUUUAGUUCCUAAGUAUAAUUCAAGCAUCUGCUAUAUGGCUUUAGUUUCUAAAUUUUUAGCUUUUGACAAUUGA